UUGAUGUGGCCAAGUCAGUCAGGUUCCACGUCAUUUGGAAGAAUCUCUCCAGACACGGAUGCGCAUACAGAAGAAGAGAGAGGCCUAAGACCUGUUUAAAAGGAAACCUCAUAGGCACUCUCUGACUGAGUCUAGUGAAGAGAAAAAGAGCUGACAUCAUGACAGCUGCGGAGAAUGUGUGUUACACUCUCAUCAAUGUCACCAAUGACUCUGAACCACCAUCAGAAGUCAGCUUGAAAGCUGAUUUAGAAAAGGGUGAAAUCAAAGCCAAGACAGAGGCUUUGAAAAAGGUCAUCAUCAUGAUCCUGAAUGGAGAGAAACUUCCAGGCCUGUUAAUGACCAUUAUUCGGUUUGUGCUGCCUCUUCAGGACCACACAAUUAAAAAACUAUUGCUAGUUUUUUGGGAGAUUGUUCCCAAAACUACUCCUGAUGGCAAACUUCUUCAGGAGAUGAUUUUGGUCUGUGAUGCCUACAGGAAGGAUCUCCAGCAUCCCAACGAGUUCAUCCGUGGCUCCACCCUGCGCUUCCUGUGCAAGCUGAAGGAAUCUGAGCUGCUGGAGCCCCUCAUGCCAGCAAUCCGCGCCUGUCUGGAGCAUCGUCACAGCUAUGUACGCCGCAAUGCAGUCCUGGCCAUCUACACUAUCUACAGGAACUUUGAGCACCUGAUCCCAGACGCUCCUGAGUUGAUUCAUGAUUUUCUUGUAAAUGAGAAAGACGCAAGCUGCAAGAGAAAUGCUUUUAUGAUGCUGAUUCAUGCAGAUCAGGAUAGAGCUUUGGACUACCUUAGCACCUGUAUUGAUCAGGUGCAUACAUUUGGAGACAUUCUACAGCUCGUCAUUGUGGAGCUGAUUUAUAAGGUCUGUCAUGCCAACCCCUCAGAGAGAGCUCGUUUCAUCCGUUGUAUCUACAACCUGCUGCAGUCGUCCAGUCCUGCUGUAAAAUAUGAAGCAGCUGGAACUCUGGUUACUCUGUCCAGCGCCCCCACCGCCAUCAAGGCUGCUGCUCAGUGCUACAUUGAUCUGAUCAUUAAAGAGAGUGACAACAACGUCAAGCUCAUUGUUCUGGACAGACUGAUCGAGCUGAAGGAACACCCCACACAUGAGCGUGUGCUGCAGGACCUUGUGAUGGAUAUUCUGAGGGUUUUGACCACUCCUGAUCUUGAGGUCCGCAAGAAGACCCUACAGCUGGCCCUGGACCUGGUGUCAUCCCGCAAUGUGGAGGAGCUGGUUAUAGUGCUAAAGAAAGAAGUCAUCAAAACCAACAAUGUGACUGAGCAUGAGGACACAGACAAGUACAGGCAGCUGCUUGUUCGCACUCUCCACUCCUGUAGCGUGCGCUUCCCUGACAUGGCAGCCAAUGUCAUCCCUGUGCUGAUGGAGUUCCUGAGUGACACUAACGAGGCGGCCGCAGCCGAUGUGCUGGAGUUUGUGCGUGAGGCAAUUCAGAGGUUUGACAACCUUAGACCUCUCAUCAUUGAGAAGAUGCUAGAGGUGUUUCACGCUAUCAAGACGGUCAAGAUUUUCAGAGGAGCUCUUUGGAUUUUGGGUGAAUAUUGUAGCACUAAAGAGGACAUCCAGAGUGUCAUGACAGAAGUCCGCAGAUCUUUGGGAGAGAUCCCAAUUGUGGAAAACGAGUUGAAAAAGGAGGCUGGAGAGGUGAAACCUGAGGAGGAGGUGACUGCAGCUCCAGCUCCUAAGCUAGUGACAGAAAUGGGCACUUACGUCACUCAGAGUGCCCUGAGCACCUCCAGACCAUCCAAAAAAGAGGAGGACAGGCCUCCUCUGAGGGGUUUCCUGAUGGAUGGAGACUUUUACGUUGCUGCCUCAUUGGCCACCACCCUCACCAAAGUGGCCUUGCGCUAUGUUGCCCUUGCUGAGGACAAAAAAAGGCAAAAUUCGUUCGUGGCAGAGGCUAUGCUGAUCAUGGCCACUGUGCUCCAUCUGGGCAAGUCGUCUCUACCCAAGAAGCCCAUCACCGAUGAUGACGUGGACCGGAUCUCACUGUGCCUCAAGGUCCUGUCUGUUGAGAAACCAUCUCCUCUUACAUUGGCUCCUCACGACUUUGCCAACAUCAAAGCCAAUGUGAAGGUGGCCUCCACAGAGAAUGGCAUCAUAUUUGGAAACAUAGUAUACGAUGUAUCAGGAGCAGCCAGUGACAGGAACUGCGUAGUCCUCAGCGACAUUCACAUUGAUAUCAUGGACUACAUCCAGCCGGCUUCUUGCACAGAUGCUGAGUUCAGACAGAUGUGGGCUGAAUUUGAGUGGGAAAAUAAGGUUACCGUCAACACCAACAUCAUAGAUCUGAGCGAAUAUCUCCAACACAUUCUUAAUUCUACCAACAUGAAGUGCUUGACCCCAGAGAAGGCCCUGUCCGGCAUCUGUGGCUUUAUGGCAGCAAAUCUAUAUGCCCGCUCUAUAUUUGGGGAGGAUGCCCUUGCAAACGUCAGCAUCGAAAAGCCAAUCCACAUGGGAGCUGAUGCCCCAGUCAAUGGCCAUAUUCGCAUCCGAGCCAAAAGCCAGGGUAUGGCUUUGAGUCUGGGUGACAAAAUCAACCUCUCUCAGAAGAAGUCAUUCUCGUAAAUUUCCGAAACUGAGGCCAUUGAGGCAAAGGGCGAGAUUCAACUAAAAAGCGCUAUGGUCAUUCCUAUGUAUUGUCUUUUUUUUUCUCUAUCGCUUGUCUCUCCAGACUACCGUACACAUACAGUGCUCUGUGGCCGAGAUCUAAUCUCUUCAAUCCCUCAAACUAUGUCUAAAGGGGAUCACUUUGACGUUUUCUACCAACAUGAUUCUUCUUAACUGCUCUGAAAGGGAUUGACGCUGUUAAUCAGUAAUCUGUUUCAAUAAACAUUGCACACCAUAUAC